AUGGCGCCCUCGAAGAGCAAGAAGCCGAAAAAGCAAACAGCGGUAACCAUCAGUCCGGUUUUGCGCCGUUUUGAGCUUGAAGAUGUCUUCAUCAACCAGCGCCACAACAAUUUCAAAGAUCCCCAACUGGUCCUCAAAAGCCAACUCGAUCGAUCGCGUGGGAUGCCCUACAAUGCUGGGGUAAACUCCCAGAUGCCCAUCUGGCAUCAUCAGUUGAUGAUACAUGUCAAGGACAAAGCAGAUGAGCUGGCGAAGCUGGACUUGGAAGAUUUUACCCCAGCCGCCAAAGCCAGGGACCCUCCUUCGCAGUGUACCGCCGCAUGUUCACCUUCUGAGCGUGCUUUCAUGUUUUGGUAUCCCAUGGGGCCUGAAAGGGCGUCACUUUUGUUCUCGAUGAAAAGCACUUCUGACUUUGAAGCCGUCCUGAGAGAAAUGAAGCGGUGGGAAGUGACUAUGGCUUCCAGCAGGCAUGGCUUCGGGCACAGUUUCUGGAUUAGAAGAGAGCAGCAGGGUCUUCCCUCCAUUCCUCAAAUCAAUCCUCUGACUGUGACCAAGUCAUCUAGCAGGCGACACCGAAAAUACAUCACCAACGCACACCCGGGCCUGCUUAUAGACACCAACAAUCCGCACCUAUUGCAUUCAGUGAGCAGUGCAGGCCAAUUUUUUGCGAGUCCCCAGCCAAUCCAGCACCUUAGCCAACCGUUUUACCUUCAACAACCGCAACAAGCCUUGGUCCCCGGAAGCCUCCUUCAACGCUCGGCAAGUACUAUUGCAGUUCCUGGUGUACUUGGAGAAGGUGUCUACAAAAUCAGCAAAGUGAAAUCGAACCCCAUCGGCCGAUCUAGAGUGAGGAGACUCUCUUCUUCCAAGGCUGGAGAAGCAGCACCCACCUAUUUAACACGACCAAGGAUUGCUAGACAACCUUCGGGACUUAGUUCAGGUAUCGUCAACUUCAAUCACGACUCUCCUGCCGUGCAGCUGCAACCUAGGCCCCCUAUCAACAUUCCAAAGAUGGCAAAACACUUUAUGGCUGGCUUGACAGAAGCCACUAUGAUAUGGAAUGAACACAUGAGACGGGGCAAAGAGGAGAGUGAUUUGGUGAGCGACCUUAAAGAGAAGAUCAGAAUCUGGAUGAGACACGCGAGGGUGUGUCAACGAGACCUGAACGAAGUAGAUUUCGCCACUAAGCAGAGGAUGAGAGGGCAGCCAGUCGGUACCGGCACGCUCCGACGAAUGUCUAAAUCAGGAGUAGGAUCACGCUUUCACCCCAGCGUGCCUUUUACCUCGGGAAAGCCUAUGGUCCGAAGCACGCGUCAGCCGGUAGAAAUACCUCCCGCCUCAGCAGAAACUUUCAGUCUGGGUGUGCCUUCUCCUAUUCUCUCCAGCAGAUCGACCGUCAUCUCAUCUCACUCGGAUCUUGCGUCAAUCCCAAAUAGCCGUUUUGCGUUACCCACGCAUUUUCCUUCGCUCACGGCAACCACUCAAAAUUCACCAUCUCCUACGAACAGCUGGGGUGAGAGAGCAUUUACUGGUGGGUUCCUAUGA